GACGCUAAUGUGCAAUAUUAUUUUGUUAUACGUCAUUGUAUGUGAAAAUAUUAAAACGGGAGCAAACACGGGUCGCUUAGUAAUGAUGUUCAGUGUACUAAUGACAUUCCUAGUACCGAUUCUUCUAAUAUCGAGGGCCGGACAGCGCGUGCACGACAACGCAGACGGCAACCGGAGAGCUUUGGUGAAGUUACUGAACCGGGCUCAACCAGCGGACGCAAACUUCCCCAUUCUCCGUCGAUUGACGGACGUGACCUGUACCCAGAGGGUGACGAUCACUCUGUUCGGCUCCGUGCGGGUGGGCCACGCGCUGCUGCCCGGGGCCUUCGCCUUCCUCGCCACGUACCUCAUCAACGGGUUGCAGUUCAACAGCAUAUUGUAAUGUUAAUAAACACCUCAUUAGCUUAUCUGACUUUUAAUUGUAAAAUGUAUUACAAAUGUAGAAAGCGCCCCGAUUAUAAUAAAAGAGAUUUCUUAGA